AUGUCUGAAGUCCAGCAGCCCGUCGUCAGCGCUCCGGCCGUCGAGUCCGCCGCCGAGCCUCUGAUCGCUCCCACUGCCACUGAGGCUCCCACCGUUGCAACCACGGCCACCACCGAGGCCGCUCCCGUCGUAGCUGCUCCGGCUGCCGCUACCACCACCGAGACGGAGACUGCUGCUGCCACCGAGGCCGCUCCCGUCGCUGCCGAUGCUGCUGCUGCGGGUGAGACCGUCGUCGAGCCAAUCACCGAGGGCCAGCUUGCAUACAAGGGUCCUGGUCUGGUCAAGUCCCUGAUCCCCUCCAAGAAGGAGUUCUGGCUUAGCGAUGCUGCCGUCGAGUCCCAGAACCUCGACCUGUUCCUCCGCGGCGAGAAGCCCGAUGUUGCACACCCCAUCGCUGCCUGGGCCACCCAGACUGGCAAGGGUCUGCUCUUCUUCAACAAGAAGGGUGACACCGACCGCACACACCCGGCCGAUAUCCUUCCUCUGUACGAGGCCACCGACCUCAAGAAGGAGCCGACCCACCAGUUCGCCUUCAAGAUCGGUAGCAGCACCCACACCUUCAAGGCCACCAGCGACGCAGAGCGUGAUGGCUGGUACCUCUCGAUCGAGAAGGCUGUUGAGCUCGCCAAGGCCUCCAAGGAGGAGAUCCAGGGCCAAGAGAGCUACAAGUCAGAGGUUGAGAAGCUGAGUGCACCCGUCGUUGCUGGUGUCUCCAAGGCGAAGAAGACCGAUGCCGAGCCAGAAGCUGAGAAGAAGCAGAAGAGCCGAUCCACCUCCCGUGGCCUUCUUGGCCGCCUGAAGAGCAACAAGGAGGAGACCGCCGAAGAGAAGAAGGAGGAGGAGACCGCGGCUGAGGAGACCAAGGCCGUGGAGCCGGUUGCUGCCUCUGCUGGAGAGGUUGCCCCUGUCCCCGUCGCUGUCCCGGCUGACGUUGCUGCUGAAGAGACCACCGGGGAGACCGCUGCUGAGACCGUCGAGGAGCGACCCAAGCCCGCCAAGCGCCAGAGCAUCUUCGGCAAGUUCAACAUUGGAGGCUUGAAGAGCCCGGCCAAGGAGAAGGAUGCCAAGGAGGUCGAGGCUGCUGCCCCUGUUUCCGAGAACCCUCCUGUCCUCCCCGAGACUGCGACCACUGAGCCUGCCUCAGAGGUCAUCAUCCCGGUUACCGAGAACCCCACCGUUCCCGGCGAGACUGCUGCCGUCCCAGCUGAGACCGUUGCUGCCGCCCCUGCUGCCGAGACCACCACCUCUCCUACCAAGGAGAAGUCCAACUUCCUUUCCUCCUUCAUCAAGCGCUCCCGCAGCGUCAGCCCAUCCGCUGCACUGAAGGACGAGCCUAAGCUCGAUGAGGUCGCCGCCGCCCCGGCCCCUACCACCACCACCGUCGCUGCGGAGGAGCCCGUUGUUGUUGCCGCUCCCACUGAGGAGACCGCUGCCGCUGCUCCCGCCGAGACCUCCACCGAGGCCACCAGCGAGCCCGCUAAGCGCCAAUCUGUCCUCGGCUCCCUCGGCCGUCGUGCCAGCAAGGCCUUCAAGGGUAUCCAGACUCCCAAGAAGGAGAGCACUCCCACUUCGCCCGUCGCCGCCACCGAGGAGGCCACCAAGGAGGAGGAGACCGCCGCUGCUGUCGUUCCAGCUGCCGCCACCACCACUGAGGAGCCCGUUGUCCAGACCACCGGCGAGACAGCUGCUAUCGCUGACGUCGUCCCUGAGGCCGUCUCCGUUGGCAAGCCUGCCCCCGCCGUUGCCGCCAGUGCAUAA